AUGGAAACAACAGACACAGAGCUGGUGUUUGUCUGGGUGGAAACUGGGGCAGUGACAUCCUGGGAUGACAUGGAGAAGGUUUGGAGGCACCUGUAUGAGCAAGAACUCAGAAUGAAGGUGAGUGAGAGGCCAGCCCUGCUGAGCCAGACCCCCUCAGUGCUUUGUGCCAUCAGGAACAGGAGGGUGCCCCCGUCCCUCUGUGCAAGUGCCCACAGGGAUGUACAGGAGAAGCUGUGCUCUACUGCCUUAGAUCCCUGCCAAAAUAUACAGGAAAAGCCUGAAAAGCUUGUGUGUGAGCACAUUCUCCCUGAUGGAGGGGCUGUCAAGAUUGACCCUUUCCCAAGGUUUCAAGGAGAGGCUGCUGAAGAAGCUCCUGGCAGGAGUUCCCAGCACAACUCAUGUCCAGGCUGGAUGUGCUCCCUGUGGAUUGGUGCUUCCAUGCUUGGCAGCUUAAGAGCAUUUAGGAAUAUGUGGAUUACCAGGGGAGACUAUAAUGAGGUUGGACCAACAGUACUCCUGAGAAAAUGCUUUUGA